ACGCCUUUUAAUCUUGACCCCCCGACCUAUCAAGAGAUUACAAAUGUCAUCCGUAAAAUGAAACCGUCUGGCUCACCAUGUCCACUUGAUCAAAUAUCUAUCAUCUGUUUUAAACGCUGUCCUUAUUUGCGCUCGUACUUAACUGAGAUAAUCCACGCAGCCUGGUCUUGCGGUGUUGUCCCGCCUGAAUGGAAGAAAGCAUGCACGAUUCUAAUUCAUAAGAAAGGAGAAACAGCAAACCCAGCGAACUUUCGACCCAUUACUCUCGAAUCUGUCCCACUCAAAGUUUUCACAUCAUGUCUUCGCAACAGGACAUUUCAGUUUCUUGCAGAAAACAAUUACAUUGAACAGAACAUACAGAAAGGUUUCACUCCAAAACUCUCAGGAAUACUAGAACACACAGCACAGUUGGCACAUAUCAUUAAUGAAGCGCGU